UGUGAAGAAACGCUCUUGGACACUUGAUAAAUUAGCAAUCGUUAGAGAGAGGGAGAGAGAGAGAGAGAGAGAUCAUACAGGAUGGAGAAGAAGAGAUGGGAGUCAGAGGGAGAGGUGAGGUUCUUCGAGAGCAGCGAAGAGCUGUCCACGGGCUUGGCCGACUAUGUUCAUCACGUCUCUGAAUCUGCCCUCAGCGAGAGAUCUUCCUUCUCUCUCGCCCUUUCUGGAGGAGACAUUCCCGAGCGCUUAGGGAAGCUUGCGAGGCUGCCAUACUUGAGGACGGUGGAGUGGUCCAAGUGGCAUCUGUUUUGGGCUGAAGAGAACGUCGUCCCCAAAAGACACCCCGAUAGCUUCUACAUGCAAGCCAAACACCACUUCAUCUCCAAGGUUCCGAUACAGCCAGCCCACGUUGUCCCGGCGUGCCACGAGACACCAGGCGAGGCGGCCGCCGACCGCUACGAGUUCUCCAUCCGCCAGCAGGUGAAGGAUCGAACGGUCCCGGCCUCUCCGUCCUCCGACUGCCCCCGGUUUGACCUCGUCCUCCUCAGCCUCGGGCCCCGCUCCCAAGUGUCCUCCCUCCACACCGACCACCCCGUCCUCCUGGAGGGCUCCCAGUGGGUCGCCCCAGUCUCAGUGCCCGGCGAGCAGAGGGAGCGCCUGACCUUCACGCUCCCCGUGAUCAAUGCCGCAGCCAACGUGGCUAUCGUGGCCUCCGGGAGCGACGUGGCUAGCGCCUUCCGCGAGGCCAUGGUGGACCAAAGUCCCAUGGCGUCGAGCCCAGCCCGAAUGAUUCGGCCCGCCGACGGGAAGCUCGUUUGGUUCGUCGAUGCCGGCGCCGCCUCACUGUUUUCCUGUGGCGGGACGACGGCUUCCGCCUCGGGUGAGAGCGAUUUGAUGCGAUCUGCAUGUAUGUAG